GAUGAAGGCGGCCAGAGAGAGAAAGGUGGAGAGAGGGGAGGGGAGACAGCGAUUUGGAUGUGGGCAGUCUCGCGAGUCCGAGUCCCGUCGGUUCAGCCAUGGGCAGCAUCCUUGACGAAAGCUCUCUUCUCUUCUGCGUCUGCUUCAUCUUCUUCUUCGCUGCUGGAGCUGGAGGAAGUGGAGAGGGUGCUGAGAGACGUGAAGGCUGGUGACGUCCGAGUCGUCCCUGUCUCCGAGCGGUACGACUGGGCUGACUUCAUGGUGAUCGCUUCAGGCCGCUCCGCGUGGCAUGUCAAGAACAUUGCUCAAGCGCUCAUCUAUAAGGUGAAACAGAAGCAGAAGGGAGCUGAUCGGUUGAUGCUGCCGAGUGUGCAAGGGCAUGAAUCCGGACAGUGGGUUGUUAUAGAUUCUGGUGGCAUAAUCGUGCAUGCACUUGAUGAGAAGGCCAGAUCCUACUACAAUUUGGAAAGCCUUUGGACAACAGAAAUGCAGCCGAGGGCUCCAAAUCAGGAGGAUUUGGGGAAGGCCCUUGCAAAAGUUCGUAGGAAACGAAAUAAUUCUAAGAAAGUCACAGAGAUCACUACCAAGUCUUGAUAAUGUGAUUGACCUCACGCUUCAUGCUUGCACUUGUACAAGAACAAUCUAAAUUCCCAUGCUACAGAAUUUUUUUGUCUGCAUGUCAUAUUCUUCUGUUUUUCGUCCAUUUGAUAGAGUGAAUACAGUACUGGAGCAGUGGAAACCAUGUUAAGGUCCAUUUUUAAAGGUUACCAACUUGGAGUAGCUCAAUAACGUACGUCUAUUCCUCGUGCCUAGACAGUUUUCCGUUGGUGCUGCUCGGUUACAAGUGCAUCGCCGGUUUCUUGAAACAUCGCAGCUGAAACGGCAGGCAGCUGUAGUGAUUGUGUAAGAAAACAAUGUACAUAUGUUCCUGAUAACAUCACUCUUGGUCUUAAUUUCUCUAUCUUCUCGUAGAGCUAACUGCUGGUGGAAGUAAAACUCUCUUUGGCCUCAUAACGGCUGACUUUCAAAUUUUA